GUGAAUGCAGCACAGUUGGACGCGACGGAGAGAGCGAGCGCAGGGAAGAAAAGGGCCAGGGGAGGACGGAAGGAAGGAAGGGACCUGUGAUCAAUUCAGCCUCGCUCUCUUGGCGCCAAUCGGCCUGAAGAGAGAAAUAAAAACUGUUGAAUUUGCCAUUGACUGUUUGAAAGCAGACUUGCGCUCCGGCCGCUGCCCCCCGCCUCGGCCGUCGCGCGGUGCUUUAGCCGGCUAGCCUCGUCCGGCACACUGUCGAUCAUCAUUGUCAUACAAAUCUGGCCCCUGUCUCCGGGUGGCCGCAGUCGCGCCACUAAUAGCCCGGCACCGGCGGAGCGCGGGGGACAAUAGAGGCGUGUUUCUCCGGGGGGAAACCGACAAGACGGCGGCAAAAUGGGGAGGAAAUCCAACAGAGCAAAGGAGAAGAAAGCCCGGCGUCAGGAGGAGAGGGCGGCCAUGGACGCCGUCUGUGCCAAGGUGGAAGCAGCCAAUAAGCUGGACGACCCACUGGCUGCCUUCCCAGCUUUCAAAAAAUACGACAGAAAUGGGCUGAACCUGCAGAUAGAGUGUAAGAGAGUGACCUCCCUCAACCCACUGUCUGUGGAGUGGGCCUUCGAACUCACCAGAGCCAACAUGCAGACACUGUAUGAGCAGAGUGAGUGGGGGUGGAAGGAGAGAGAAAAGAGGGAUGAGAUGAACGAUGAGAGGGCGUGGUACCUGCUGGCCCGCGACGCCGACUCUUCCCCCGUGGCCUUCUCUCACUUCCGAUUCGACGUGGAGUGCGGGGAGGAGGUUUUAUAUUGCUAUGAGGUGCAGUUAGAGAGCAGAGUGCGGAGGAAAGGACUCGGCAAGUUCCUCAUCCAGAUACUACAGCUCAUCGCCAACAGUACACAGAUGAAGAAAGUGAUGUUGACAGUUUUCAAACACAACCACGGGGCAUACCAGUUCUUCAGAGAUGCUUUACAGUUUGAGAUGGACGAAACUUCGCCGAGCAUGUCCGGCUGCUGCGGCGACGACUGCUCUUACGAGAUCCUGAGUCGGCGGACCAAACAUGGCGAGGCCUCGGCGGGACACACCCACGGCGGCGGCCACUGCGGGGGCUGCUGCCACUGAUUCGGCUCCAGUUUUACGAUUGGUUAAAAGCCAGCAACUUUCACACAUAGCUCCUGUUUGUCGUUUCCUACUUCUUGGUCCAAAUGUCCAAGCCAUCUUCUCUCAUUCUCUUAUCCCACUUAAUGAUUAUUAGUAGUUCCCAGUCAAGAAAAGGCCUUUUGCUGAUGUUAUUUACCACCGCGGUCGACCUCAUUCCAUCUCGCUCUCAUCUCCUUUUCUGGCGUACUGUAUCCAAUCAUUCUGCAGUGCUGCUUUAUCUAAGCUGAGUUGAUCAAUCAUGCCCGAACGUAGAUUACCACAGAUUCUAAGUAGGUAAAAUGUGACUUUGUAAGAUCUCACACUGAGACUACCUGCUUGUUUUACUGAACCAGGGAUCCCAGGAUUAGGUUGAAUGUACUCGAGUUUAGGUCCCCCUCGAAAACCACCUCAGAAGCCCUGAUAUAUCGUAACAGGGCACACAAAUUAUAUACGCAAUUGGCUUGUUGCUUAUUUUCUUUUAACAAAAGCUCUGCAGCCUCUUCUCUGUUUGUCACCACACUUGCCCAUAAUACUGUUGUUACAUGAUUACAGUACAUUAUUAGCACUACCCACCUCCUCUCUUCAGGUGAUAACUAAAAGUAUUGAUGUCUCCCCUGCUUUUAUUUUUUAUAACUUAUGAGACAAGAUGUUCCAGUUUGCCUUUUUCUUUAUCACAUCUUCUUUCUCACAGUAACUUGAGUAAAAAAUCAUCUGUUGCUGUGAAUCUGCAUCCCACCACAGAAGUUAAACCAGGCUUUAACCACCUCUCAUGUUUCCUCUUCAGAGGUACAUGUCACGAGCUGAAACGUUUUCCAUUUCCCUGCUUGUGUGGAGAUUCCUUAUACCACAUUUCCCCAUGUUUCAGUUCUAUGAAAAAAACCCACCCCAUCCACCUCUAUUUGCUCCUGUUCAUUGUGCCUCUGUGUUCUCCCUCCACGUCCUAAAGGUGCUUCAGUCACCUCAUCAUUACUCCUGCUUGCCUCUUUGUUUGCAUUGUUUUCCAAGAGGUACUAAUGAUAAACUAUGCUACUUUUAGCCGUAUUUAAAAACAACAACAACAAAAAAAACCUACUAAAACCACCUUCCAUCUCUUCUCUUAUAUAUUUUGUUAGCAUGAGCAGAUCAUGAUGCUUAAACAUGGAUGAAAAAUUGGCAGAAGUCGCCUCUUCAUUACUUGGCCGUUCGAAGCUGAUGAAUGCUGUUACCUUGGGGGAAGUGGGACAGAUAGACGGAUGAUAGAAGUAAUUACAGAGCACUGAAGCCGUUUUUAUGCUCGUUAAUCCUCUUUACCUCAGUCCUGAUGUGUUUUCCCAGCCCACUGUCUUUAGUUUGCAUGACAAUAUUUAAAACAAGACUCCUGGUUAACACAGAUUAAACGACAGUGAUGCUGUUUCUGAGCUGCAGCUGCACUGUUUCAACCUGUAUCUAAAGUCCUCACGUGGUUCUGUUAGCAUUACUUCAAUAUUUCAUAAAAACCUUCCAUGAAAGUCUGUGCAUGUUAAAAUUAUGUGAAAGGGAGGGGUUGCGUGAAAUUGAGCAUGAGAUACCAAACCCCAGCAAUACCUUUCAAAGUCAGUACUCUACGGUUUGAGGAAAAAGUGAUACUGUCCAUCUACUGCCCCCGGAUCAAUCUUACUGCCAAGAUGUGUGUAGGAGUUCCACUGAGGAUUUUAGAUACCACUUUACUAGUCAAUCUACAAAGGCUGCUGUAACCACUUCAAUCUUGCCGAUUCAAUAUCUGUUCACAAAACCUUCAGGGUAUUUUUGGACAGGUUUCAAGCGCUAGUCAGCUGGGUUAAAGGCCCCUUAUUAAAUAAAUAAAACACCAUAAAACCCUUUAAUUCCCGGACUAGUCGGUUUGUACAGAUUUUGUGUGUGGGCUGGAGGAGUGAAAGAUGUUUAUUUACACUACUGUGGAUGCAAAUAUUCAUCAAUCUAAUGUGGCUGAGGGCCUUAACUAGGUACGGUUGGAAGUGUGUUUUUUGAAACGGUCCUUUUCAUUAAGGCCUGACUUGGAGAUUUCAUACAGAUUAUUGCCUUGUUAGUAUGUCAAAAAUGGGGGAGACUGAAGAUUUGAGGUAGACAAACUUUUUUUUUUUAAAUCUUAAAAUCAACUAAAUACACAAACUGUCUGUGAUACACAACAACAAAGAUGUGGAUGACUAAAUCUGGAAGCUGCGGUGAAAGUUUCUGCUCGUUUCCAAACUCGGUGGAGACAAUAAAAAUAUUCAUUUAAAAAAAUAGUCAGCAUCUUUAGACGACAUAUUGGUAAUUCAUGCUUGAUUGAACUCUUGAUCAUGAGCAAAAAAAAAAAAAGAUUAAACAACAUAUUGCUUGUUUUAGUUCUAGACUUCCUUCUGAUAAGUACAGUAAUUCAUUUUUUGUACUGCCUAAGUUACAGUAAAAAAAAAGGAUGUUGUACAUAGUGGUAGUAUAUCAACCGACUAACAGUCUCUCUCAGGUUAAUCAAACGUAAUCAAACCUCAUCUGUUUUACAUAACUGACAACAUGGCUGUUAGGUGUUUGCUGGAUUGAAUCGGCCCCUGCUCUGACCUAGUCGAUUUUUUGGGGCGCCGUACCAUAUUUGAAGAAAUUCUGAUUUGUACAACUUUUGUUUUCCAACACAACAAAGAUAACACUGCAUUUCAGGAGGGGAUUUUCAGUUUAUAUGCUGUGAUACAGUAAAAGAAAAAGCUUAUGCAUUGGAGAUGGGAAAUGAUUUAAAAGCAAAUAUCACAAUGUUUGAACUGAACCUGGAUCAGUGCUCAGUGGUUACAUUCAAUCCAGACAGGUGGGCUGUGUUAAAAAAAGAAAAGAAAAAAAGGUUCACUCGAACUAAUAAUGCAUUUGUGAAAAUAUAAGUUGGCAAAUGAGCCUUAACUUUGCAGGAUUGUUUCAAAGUCAGUCAGUACUUUUAUUUUAGAAAAUGGUUACAUACUCUUACAAAGUCAGAGAUCCUUCUCUUGGUCUUUUCUCUAUGUAUAUAUAUAUACAUACAUGUAUGUAUGUAUAUAUAUAUAUAUAUUUAUAUAUACAUACAUACAUAUAUAAGCUGUUGUGAAUCCAUAUUCAUUUUCAUUUCUUGGCCUUUUACAGGUUAAAAAAAAAAACUUUUUUAAACAUGUGUAAAAAGAAACCCUCCCAUGUUUUGAGAGUGAGUGUCAAAAAUCCUGUCCAUAAACGAUAAUGAAAGGGAAAACUGUCAUUCUGCCUUGUCUGUGUUUAUUUGUAUGUUACAAAUAAAGGAAAGUUGUUUGACUUUU